UUUUGAAAUUUGUAUAUUGAAAGUUUAAAUUUGAUUGUUAUUUUGUUUUAUGUACGAAAAAUCAAAAAAAAAAAUAUAAUUACAUUCCCAUCCCUGUUUCCGUUUAAAUUCUGCUCAUAAUCACAACUAUCCUCCACAUUCAAAAUGUUACGUGUAGAACCAUCUGAACAAUUGAUCUUCAAUGAAGGCGUACGAUGCGCGUUCCUAACUAUUACAAAUGUGGAUCCCAAGGCGGUGACUUUUAGGGUUCAAAGCACUGUGCAUUGCAAGUUCCGUAUGAGUCCCCGCCAUGGCACACUGGCGCCACGCGCAUCGACUAAGAUCAAGGUGGAACUGCUUCCGGACCAGUCCAUCUCUCAUUUGGGUCGUGAUCGGAUCCAAGUCAUGUGCAUUCCUGCACCUAGCACUCAAAUAGACAAGCAUGCCACCCAGGAUUUCUGGCGACACAACAGUUGCUACAACUGGUAUAUAGAGAAUCAUAAAUUGUGUUGCUAUCAGCUCCGACCGGGAGAGUCGCCGCCACCGAUUCCCCCGUCGAAGCUGCGGCAGUCACUCCUGCAUUUUGGCAGUGAGACCACCAGUGCCACGGGCAGUGCCAACCGUGCCACGGGCGCCACACGUGUUAUGGGUAAACGGUGGAGGUGAUGGUUAGAUAAUUAUAGAUAAUCUAAUUUGGCUUGCUCAAUAAAUUUUUCGAUAGCCCUUUGUCUACAAUAA